AUGUCGUCGACAGUGGAAGGGAGUACACAACUCCGAUCAACUGUCGAAUUUGUGGUCUUAUUAUACCGACGUCUGAAAAAGGCUGGCUUCACAAAAUGGGCUCCAGGUCAUCCGGACUCUCGAGCGGGUGAAUGCGUCUAUAUGGAAUACAACGGAAUGAAAUCUGCAUGGUUUUCCGACGACUGCGAUAACGACCACAAUUACAUCUGCCAGGCAACGCCAUGCGAUUCCACCAAGUACUGCGCAGCUGGAUAG